UUCACACGCAGUAGCAGUUCGUGUUUAAACUGACAUUGGUCGACUGUAAGCGGGAUGGUACUGAGAUAUUUUGGAUGUUGCGUCCAACACAUUGAAGCUUUAAGACGUCUAGCAAGCUGUUUUUGUCUACUGGGAGUAUCUACAGCAUGAGUACCAUCCAGUCCUGGUGGGAGUUUGACGAGGACACAAAGGGCUGGGCAGAGGGUGUACCAUCCGUUGGGCAGCAUGCAGUAGAGUGGAGCAGCUCUUCCUCAGCUGGAGUGUUUGGGAGCGAGGGUACCCCAGGAGAAGAAGAAGAGGAGGAGGAGGAGGAGUGGGAGAGCAUGGCUGUCUUUAAGCUUGAGAACGUGGAGGACCUGUAUGAGAUCGGAGAGGUGCUUGGCAGUGGCCAUUUUGGGCAGGUGCGUGAGGUGCGUGAGCGGGCCUCCGGCGCUCUGUGGGCCGGGAAGUUCGUGAAGAUCCGUCGCGGCGCGGGCAGCCGUCUGGGCAUGGAGAGGAAGAGCGUGGAGAGGGAGGUGGAGGUGCUCCAGGCGCUGCAGCACGCCAACGUCAUGGCCCUCAAGGACGUCUUCGAGAGCCGCGCCGAGAUCGUGCUCAUCGUGGAGCUUAUCAGUGGAGGAGAGCUGUUUGACUUCAUUGCUGAGAAGGAGAGCCUGACUGAGUCGGAGGCCAUUGAGUUCCUCAAGCAGAUUCUGCAGGGAGUGAGCUACAUGCACAGCAAACACAUUGGACACUUCGACCUCAAGCCAGAGAACAUGAUGUUGUCCAGUCAUAGCCAGCCCAAUCCAGAUGUGAAGAUCAUAGAUUUUGGGAUGGCCCACCGCUUCAUCCAGGGGGAGGAGUACAGGAGCAUGGGGGGCACCCCCCAGUACAUAGCUCCCGAGGUCAUUAACUACGAACCACUGAGCACAGCAGCCGACAUGUGGAGCAUGGGCGUCAUCACAUACAUUCUACUGAGUGGUCUCUCCCCCUUCCAAGGAUUCACGGAUGAGGAGACGCUUCUGAACAUCAUAGGGAUGAUGUACGAGUUUGACGAGCAGCACUUCAGCAUGACCAGUGCCCUGGCCAAGGACUUCAUCCAGAAACUCCUGGUGAAGGACCAGCGUGAGAGGAUGACAGCUGAUGAGAGCCUACAUCAUCCAUGGAUUAAGCCUCUGACGCGGACACAGGUGGCCAAGAGGAACCGCUCCUCUAUCAACAUGAAGAACUUCAAGAGAUUCAAUGCCAAGAGGAAAUGGAAGAUGUCCUAUAACAUGGUAUCUGCCUGCAACCGCCUCUGCCGCCUACAGUUGCGCUGCAAGGCCAGCAAUAUACAAGAGGAGGAACUGAGACAGUGUGAAAGUGAUCAGGAGGAUGUUGAGACCAAACCUGCAUCCCUCCUCCGCCGCAGGCUCAGCAGCAGUUCCUAAUGUCACCAGCAGGUGGCAGGCUUAGCCUCGUUUUGGCCUGGUUAUGGCUCUGCUUGGUAUCUGAUGGAAACCUCCAGGACCAGUAGAUGGAACAAGAGGACUCCAGCUCCGUGGCUGCCACCAUCCAGAUACUACCUGCAGAAGUCUCAAGAGAAGAAGCACAACUUGGAAAUGAUGAGGAUGAGGAUGGAUAUGAGAAGGAGGAGGAGGAGGAGGAUGAUUUUUUUUUUUCAGAUCUACCAGUCAGUUAUCAAGACAUAUCAGCAGGAAGCAUGCUUGCCAGCCACAAAGCUCUUGCCCUUCGCUUUUAACCACUAACCCCACAGCGGAAUAUAACAUAUCACAAUAUUCAAGAGGAGGUCUAUCAGGAUUGAUAGCGUGCAAGGUUUACAGUAACAUCUGGGCACGACUUUUUCUUUCAUAGACAGCAGGUGUGAGGAAAUACCAUACAAAGCAGCAUGUCCGUCAUGCACACCUCUCCCGAAGAGAGAAAAAAAGAUAUCACAGAUGUACGUUACAUUGGAUAAUCCAUGUACUGUAGCACCUGAGUUAUCUUCAGUGUAGACAAACUAUCAGAUGUAAAUUCAUAACUGCUCAGUGUUUUAAUGAUUAUCUCAGAGAAAACGCAUGUUUGUGGCAUGCAAAACCUAGCUGUCAGGGAGGGUAGUUUUUUAUGUAGCUAAGUAUAAAUAUAUGUCUGUCAAUGCAUGGUGCGGUGACCUGAAAAGCGUAUGAUGGUUGC